CAUAGUUUUUAGGUUUACAUUUUCUCGAUAGGCCUUGCCUGUUGGAAUAUUUCUUUACGUGCUCGAGCUGCUUCAAACAACGGCAGUGGAGCUGCGGCGAAUGCUCGUUUUAAUUUGGAGAAAAAUUCUGGCUCUUGACAAGACUUGUCAGGUUGAUCUUGUGAAAUAUGGAGGUCAUACCUAUUUUAUUAAGUUUCUCGAUAGCAUGGAUGCUUACCCAAAACAUCGGGCAAUGGCCGCCUUUGUUUUAGCAGUUAUUGUUGAUGGGCACAGACGAGGACAAGAGGAAUGCAUGCAAGCUAAUCUUUUCCAUGUAUGCUUGAAGCAUCUGCAACUUGCAAACCCUAAUGAAGCACAAACUGAGCAUCUCCUACUUCAAUGGUCGUGCAUUUGGUUGGGAAAAUUUCGGGAGGAUUUUCAUGAAGCACAAAUUAUUGGUUUACAAGCAGAUACACUAGUUAUUUUGCUCUAUUUGUUGUCUGAGCCCCAACCAGAGGUUUUACUUGGCCAUUCUCAUCGAUUUCAAGCAUUGGUGCUUCUAGGAAGAUUUCUUGACAAGGGACAUUGGGCUGUAGAUCAGGCCUUGCUUGUUGGAAUAUUUCCUUAUGUGCUCAAGCUACUUCAAACAAUGACGAUGGAGCUGCGACAAAUUCUCGUUUUCGUUUGGACAAAAAUUCUAGCUCUUGACAAUGUUUAUCUUGUGAAUUAUGGAGGUCAUACAUAUUUUAUUAAGUUUCUCGAUAGCAUGGAUGCUUACCCAAAAUAUUGGGCAAUGAAUUCCUUUGUUUUAGCAGUUAUUUUUUAUGGACACAUACGGGGACAAGAGGCACGCCAGCAAGCUAAUCUUUUCUGUGUAUGCUUGAAGCAUCUGCAACUUGCAAACCCUAAUGAAGCACAGAGUGAUGAGGAUUGUGAUGUGGGUAACAAGUCUAAGAUCGACUUGAGGAUUGUCAAAGACCUCAUGCAACUUAUUGGAGAUGGAAGCCCUUUAGUUCUGGCUGAGGUUGUUGUUGGUAUGUAAAUAACUCUUAAAAUUUGUUAAACUAAGCUAACAAUUUUUCAACACGGCCUCUCCACAAGCUUUGGAUACUUAACAAAUAAUGGGACAUGAUGCCAUGUAGUGGCUAAAUACA